AUGUUCUCGGAAAAAGCAACCCAUGCGGUACCUGCUACUUCUGAAGUCACAGAUCUAGCGCAUAUCAGUGAAAAUGAAGAUCAGCCUGAACUACUAUCCAGUGUUCCCACAAGGAGUAUCCUACGAGGAUGCCUCCAGGUUCUAGGUGCAUUUUUUAUAUUUUUCAACGUCUGGGGCCUAAGCUUUGCAUUUGGAUCCUUCCAAAGCUUUUAUGGACUCACAUACAUUCAAUCAUCUACCGCUUCAGACAUAGCAUGGAUCGGCACAAUCCAAUCAUGGCUUCUAAUUGUCGGCGGGCUACUAUCUGGCCCGCUUUUCGACCUCGGCUACUACAAAGUGAUGAUAUUUGUCGGAAGUUUCUUAGGCGUUAUUGGUAUGAUGAUGCUCAGUCUUGCAAAUACAUACUAUGCGAUAUUUUUGAGUCAAGGGGUAUGCAUGGGUCUCGGAUUUGGGCUGCUUUAUGUGCCCAGUAUUGCAUUGGUUAGUCGCUCAUUCACGACCAGACGAGCUGUUGCUUUGGGCGUAUCAACCAGUGGCGCUCCUGCAGGUGGCAUUAUCUACACCGUUAUGUUCAACCAGCUUAUUUCAAAGUUGGGAUUUCCUUGGACUGUUCGUUGCAUGGGAUUUGUCAUGCUCGCACUUUUCUCUGCAGCUGCUGCCCUACUUCUGUUGCCAGAGAGAAAUACCAAGAAACCCGAGAGAACUCAACGCAGGAGUCUGCUUGAUACACAGGCGUUCAAGGAUAUACCAUUUUGGAGUUUCACCGUCGCCAACUUUUUCUUUACCUCGGUUAUAUCACGCCUUUCUAUUACAUUCCAACUUACGCGGAAACGAAACUGGGAACAUCGCGAACGUUGGCUUCUAACAUCUUGA